UAGAACAUGAAUUAUCAUUCUCAAAUUUGAAGAAUUUGACCUCUUUAACAAUAGCUCACUUUAACAAGCUCAAACAUAUCUUCUCACCAACUGUUGCUCAAAAUCAUAUGUUGCAAUUGAAAGAGCUUGAAAUCAGAGAAUGUGCAGAAUUGGAGCAAAUCAUUGAUGUUAAAGAUGGUGAAGAAGUUGGAGCAAAUCUUCUCCAAACUCUAUCAUGCAUUGGAGUGGAAAAGUGCCAUAAAUUAAAAAAUUUGUUUCCUAUCUCCAUAGCUCGGGGUUUUCAACAACUGGAAAGGCUACAAGUAAUUGAUAACUCUGAAUUAAAAGAAAUAUUUGGAGAUAAUGAUGUGAUUGAUGAGAAAGAAUUUCACUUGCCUCAACUUACGUGGAUGUCUCUGAGAGAUUUACCAAGACUCACCAACUUUUGCCAUGUGGAUUAUCACUUCAUAUUUCCAGCACCACCAUUUGAAUGGUUGGUAGUCGAAAGAUGUCCAAAGAUAAGUACAAGAUUUUCAUGGGAUGAAGAAAAUAAAAGAGUGCAUGCGGAAGCAAAGGCACCCAAAAUAGGCAGUGAAGAUGAAAGUCAUAGAAAGACUUCUACAAAUCUCUUUUUAGGGUAUGAUUUUAAAGAAUUACCUCGGUACAUAAAAAAUGAAGAGCUUUAUUUGAAUUCUCAUCCAACAGAAUGAAGAAAAUAAAUGUACUUGUGAAACAUAGAAA